CCCACUUACAAGUGGAGCCCACUUGAAAAACAUCCAAUACCUAUCAGUUUUCCUUUUUUAGUGAAAAGAUCAAUUCAAGAACAACAAACAAAGGCUAUAAAAAGUGGGAAAUAUCUAGAAUAAGAUCAAAUUAAAGUUCUUUGCAUGGGAGUUGAAUUAGACAACAAAAAUGGGAACCAAGAAAAUAAUACUACUAUUAUUUUUGGCCUUCUACUUUUCAUGUGGUUUUUAUCAAGCCAAGAUUUUUCCCUCUGAUCAGAAAGAUGCAGUAGCAACUAACAGCAAAUAUGGUCAUGCUGCAGAGGUUCAUGUUGGUGGUGGCAGAGGAAGUGCAGGGGAAGUAAAUGGUGAUGGAUCUCGAUCUCCUUCGAAUCCAGGAUCAUCGAAUUUCAUACCAAUUUACGCUGCAAAUGCUCACCAUGAUCGCCAUCGUGGUGCUGCAAGCAGCCACAAAAAUCAUAAUGGAUAUCUAGACUUAUUCGCUACAAUGUUCUUCGCGUACCUUUGUACUUAAACAGUACAAUUAGGUUGUCAUUCUGGAUCCCUGACUCGUCUCAUUUUGACAUUGAGCAUCAUCCCUUGUCUUUUGAUCUACUUAGGUUACAAUUGUGUUUUUGUUGUACAUGAAAAAGGUUGAAAGUUAUGUUGAUCUGUGUACUUUGUUUUUUGUUAGACUUUGAUUAGGCUGUGGAGAUGCAUUAUUAGAAUGUAUAUUAUGUCUGUUUGAUUUCCCUCUUUUUUUUCCUCCUUAAAUUCCCCUGUAUAAGAAGUUGAUUUGAUAAGUUUUUUAGUUCAGUAUUCAUAAGUUUA